GUGGAGUUGAGUAAGCAUGGAAAGCAAGAAGAAGAACAAUAAGGAGAUCAACACUCGUUCAUUCUUUCUUGAUCACCAUAGAGUCGUACGACAUCACUUCUAGCAUAUAUCUCAAUCCAGCUAAAUGGCUGAUAAUACAAGUAGAGGAGGAGGUAGAGGGAGAGGGAAUGCAUCAAAUCGCGGUGGAAGAGGAAGAGGCGGAAGAGGUGGUUCAUUUGGAGGUUCGCUGAGUAAAUCACAAAAUGCAAACUCAGCAGCAAGCUCAUCCCAAGACAAAGGGAAAGGCAAAGGAGGCAACAGAAAGCAGAAAGAGAAUGAACAAAACGCAGAUCAGACAAGUCAACCAUCUUCAUCAUCCGUACAGGAAAGUGGAAUGGCCAUGCUCAAUUCAACACCUGCAUUGGAAGGAGAAACAUGUUUCAUCUGCGCUGAGCCGGUCAAGCUAUACUCCGUUCCGCCAUGCAAUCACAAUACUUGUCACAUCUGUGCAAUCCGUUUGAAAGUCCUGUACAAGAAGCAAGAGUGCACGUUUUGUAAAGCACCUAGCGAUACGCUCAUCUUUACAUCAAAAUCCGACAAGGAGUACUUAUCAUUCAACGCAGAAGAAAUCCCUUUCAAAGAUGAACGCUUGAAUAUCUAUUUUGAAACCGAACAAAAUCGUGAUGAGACGUUGGUGCUUUUGCAUUUCAAUUGUCCAGAUAUAUCAUGCGAAUAUGCAGGAGCAAGUUGGUCGGAUCUCAAGACGCACGUUCGAUCGGAUCAUGGUAAACUGUUUUGCGAUCUCUGUGUGAGGAACAAGAAGAUCUUUGUGCACGAACAUUCACUUCUUUCGUCAGGCGAACUUACACAACAUAUUCGAGAUGAGCACAAACAUUGCGAAUUUUGCAAGAGAAACUUUUAUUCAGAUGAUGAACUUUACGUUCAUAUGCGCGAUCAUCACGAACAGUGUUUCAUCUGUAAACGUAAUGAAGACACGCGAGAUGAAUAUCAUCGGGAUUAUACUGCACUAGAGAAGCACUUCCGACAAAGGCACUUCUUAUGUGAUUCUAAGCAAUGUUUGGAGCAGAAGUUUGUCGUAUUUGAAAGCGAAUUGGACUUCAAGGCACAUCAAGUAGCGGAACAUGGAGCAGAACUCUCUAGCAGGGAGAAGAGAGAUGCACUGCGGGUCACAGCAAACUUUCAAUCUUCAAACAACUCGCAAUCUAGAUCGUCAGCUUCGACAGGCCAAAGCUCUAGAGGGAGAGGGAGGGAAGAAGCAGCAGCCAGUGAAGCAAAUAAUGCGAACAGAGAUCCGUUGGGUGUUUCAGUCCUAGCAUCAAGAACUCAUGUGCCUGGAAUUGGAGGUCCUGCCAAUCAUCAAAGUAGAAGGGCAUUUGGUAGUGUUUUGACCAGCUCGAGCAAGAUUCAAGAAGACGAACAAGCAGCGGCAGCAAGAGCAGCAGCUGAAGAACGUACUCGACAAAUGCAGGCUUACUUUGGUAAAGUGGCAGAAUUGGUAAAUCAUUCUGAUGUCAAGAUGCAUUCGAUUCGAACAAACAUCAAAACCUUUCAAGCAGGAGAGAUGUCAGCCAAAGAUCUGAUUGAUUCGAUUCGCAGCAUCAUUACUGAUCGUGAUAAUCUUUCUACAACAGUAAGAGGAUUGGUGGAUAUCCUGGAGCAAAGUGAUCAGAAGCAAGAUGUUUUGGAUGCAUGGGCUGCAGUACAGGUAGAGCAGACUCACUUUCCUUCAUUGGGAGGUGGUCACCCACAAGCAGGUACAUCUCAAGGAAUGAACGCCAAUCUUUCUACAAUCACACGAGGACAAGUACGAACGAUCAAAAACAAUUCCACUGCAGCCAAUCGAGGAGUUUGGGCAAAUGUCGAACGUGCGGCUGCAUCUGGAGGUUCUGUUUAUCGUAAUGCUGCUCGAUCAACACCUGUUGCUUCUCGUUCCAGCCACUUCCCAUCCUUGGGUCCAAGUAAGACUCCUGUUGUUGGAUCAGCAGUCUAUGCUGCAAGAGCGAAUGCACGUGGGCCUAGUGCAACACCAUGGUCUGGAUCAUCUGCUUCUUCAGGUCCAAAGCCUGCUCCAGUAAGCUUUGCAUCUACAGGAGCUGCACCAUCGCCAUCCCGAAAACCUUAUUCGAUCGAUGCAUCAAGAAAUGCACAGCAAUCCAAUCAAACUUCUAUUCGUGCAAAUUCAUCUGCUUUUCCUUCUUUGCCACACAAUGCUGAAGCUGCACAACUAGCCGCUCAAAAACGACAACUGUUUGCAAACAAACGUUCGGCCGGCAAUAGUGGUGCUGCUACACCGGGAAGUGAACCUUGGCUUCGAUCUAAUGUGGGCAGAAUCGAUGCAAGUGGGGCUGCAACGCCUGAAUUGGACACAGACUUCUUACACGAACGUUUGAGCAAUGCAGCUCAAAUUGGUAAUGGGUAUGGAAGUGCGGCUGCCAACGGAAGCGGUAGUGCUGGUGGUGGUAGCGGCGGAGGCAAGAAAGGCAAACAACAAAAGAAAGUUCUAGUUAGCAUGGGCGGCGUACAUCGCGGUUAAAGAGCGUUUUAGCUUGUCAUUAUGUCAUUAACAUCAUUUGUAUACUCUAUGCAAUCAUUACA